AUGACAUUAUUCCAUCCCGUCCUCAGACACAUACCACUACCACGGCCUCAUUUGUAUUUCCCGAAGACAACACAUAUUUUGAAAAACCGUUUUUCCAAUAUCAAUGUUCCAUUUCAAGAUGACUUGAACGACGUCGACUUGGACGAAUUUGGACUAGGUGAUUUCAAACAUUACGUCGAGUCGCCCGAUGUCAAACGGUAUCGAGAAGAACAACUUCAACUACCGCGCGAUGUUGACGAAUAUCGUCAACAACCAACUCCCUCUUCUUCUCACCACCACCACCACCACUACCAGGGAGCCCUAGAAAAGACAAAUCUAGCUGAGCUUGCACAAGUUCAAGAACCAGCAAUCUUUGUUUCGAAAUUCACUGACCCGUACCUCAAUUUAGCCAUCGAGGACUACAUCUACAACCAUAUGCCACUGAACCAUCCUCAAAGAUUGCUAUUCUACACCAACCGACCCUGUGUUGUGAUUGGCAAGAACCAGAAUCCCUGGAAAGAAGUAAACUUGCCGCUCCUCAACAAGCUCAAUCUCCCACUUAUACGCAGAAGGUCAGGUGGUGGCACCGUGGCCCAUGAUUUGGGCAACGUGAAUUAUUCAUUCAUGACGAGCAAGAAUGAGUUUGAUAGGUUCACAUUUGCCAACUUGAUCACUGAGUGUCUCGAUGACGCAAGGGUCAAAGUCAAUAAACGCGGCGAUAUCGUCACCGUGAAUCAAGGGCAGGAGUACAAAAUUAGCGGGUCGGCGUAUAAGAUUUCGCGCGGGAAAUCUUACCAUCACGGCACCAUGCUCUUGGAUCUGGAUCUCGCGAGAUUGAAGCUGCUUUUGCAUCGCGAUGAAGGUGUUUUGGGUGUUGUUGAUGCUCAGAACUCUGUCGAUUCCGUCAAGUCGAAAGUCACGAACUUGGGCAUUUCCAGCGAGGAGUUUGUCAAUCGAGUCGGCGAGGGUUUUGAGCGCAGGUACGGGAUGAGUGGUGAGCCCAUGGGCGAGGGUGAGCGUGUGGGCGGUGAGAAGGAGGAUGAAUAUGAAGAUGACUUUCAUGCAAUGAUGGGUCUCACCGACUUUGCGGAGCUGCCUGUUGCGCGGCGUAAAAUGUACGAAAUCAGCAAAGAGCAAACACAUCUUCCUGAAACCGUGUUCCUGACGGCGGAGGAAUUAAAGGCGUGGAGCUGGAAGUUUGGCCAUACGCCGUCUUUUACUCAUACUUUAACUAACGGCGAACUCGAUCUUGUGGUGAAAUUUUCCGUAAACAAGGGCAAGAUCACCAACGUCGAAGCCACAACUGCGCUGAGCACGACAGCGCAGGCACUAGAACAUAUUUUAGAUGCUGCUAGAGCAGAGUUGGAAUCAAAAGAGUACACUUCAAAAACUGCCAAGCGGGCAUUUGCUGGAACCGAGUUGGGCGAUUGCAUCGGAGCUUGGCUAGAAAAGACCAUUGACUAG